CGCACCGGCAGAUUCAUUCCACCACUUACUUACAAGCUGAAAACGGUAGGCCACGGGAAGUCUUACUGGUUUCAGGUAGAAACAACAGUUGAAGAUGUCCAGCAAAACGGCAAGCACCAACAACAUCGCCCAGGCCAGAAGGACGGUGCAACAGUUGAGGAUGGAAGCCUCCAUCGAGAGAAUAAAGGUUUCAGAGGCGUCAGCAAACCUCAUGUCCUACUGUGAGGAGCACGGCAGAAGAGACCCUUUGCUGAUAGGGAUACUGACCUCAGAAAACCCUUUCAAGGAUAAAGAAACUUGCAUCAUCUUACAGAGGAACAGUGAAAUGGCUCCUCGCCUCUUCUCAACAAAGCAAAUUAUGAGCAGCAACUUGGAAGAAAUUUACCUUCAGCUUAUUUGGUAACCACUGCUAAUAACUAAAAUACUCUA